AUGUUCUUCCUCUCUUAGGUAAUGUGGUCAAUGGAUCUUCGUCUGGAACUGUGCCUAGAGCUGCAGCCCAAGGCCCCAGUGGUAAUGUCGCCAAUGGAUCUCCCUCUGGAAAUAUGCCUAAAGCUGCAACCCAAGGUCCCAAAGGUACUGCCGCUGCAAGCAGUCAUGCCCCAGGUCCUUCGGGGUACAGGCCCGCACCUCGCCGACGUCCUGUGCAACCCGACAAGUACAUGAGACUGCUGUUUUCUACGGACGGUAACGACAACGACAUCUCUGACUCUGAAUUUGUUCUGGACAGUGACAGUGACAGUGACAGUGACAGUGACAGUGACUUUGACAGUGACAGUGAAAGUGACAGGGACAAUGAACUGCGUGAAGGUGAGGAUGACCACCGGAACAGAGAUGUGCCGGUGCCUGUGACCCCAGACUUCUCAUUUGCUUGGUCAGAAGGCAAAAUGAUCUUCGAAGGCGUGGGACAUCCUCCGGUGCUGGUGGCUGAGGUGGAAGGGGUGGAGUGGCAGCCCUCCUUGGUCGGGCGGCAGCUCUCCUCGGUGGGGCUCGUGGAGGAGGCAUGA